CAACUAUAUAUCCCUUCAAGUGCAGUUCAGACCGCAGAAUAUAUGUAUACAUAUGAACGGAUGAACCCAAAGGCCACACCACUACCAGUGUCCACCACGAAAUUCUAGCUACCACCUUAAUUUGUCUUAUAAAUUAACAUAGAGCUUCUCUCUCUCUCUCUCUCUCUCUCUCUCUUCUAGCUUACAUCUGAAAUAUUAUUCUUUACUGAUCUGAUAAUAUAAUUACAGUUCAGAAAAUGGCAUUAGGGUUUGGCUACUUGGUCCUAGUCCUGUUAGUUAUGAUAUCAAGUUAUACAGCGAGCUUCGCAACGGCAGAUUCAGCAAAAGACAGAGAGGAAUGUACGCAGCAGUUAGUAGGGAUGGCCACGUGUCUGCCUUACGUUGGAGGUCAAGCCAAGGCUCCAACACCAGACUGUUGCAGUGGUCUCAAACAAGUGCUCAACAACAAUAAGAAGUGCCUUUGUGUUAUCAUUAAAGAUCGCAAUGAUCCUGAACUUGGUCUGCAGAUGAAUGUAACGCUUGCUUUGGGCCUGCCUUCCGUUUGCAAGGCCCCUGCCAAUGUCUCCAAGUGUCCCGAACUUCUGCAUUUGGAUCCUAAAUCACCAGAAGCUCAAGUUUUCUAUCAACUGGAAGGCAACUCUACUAAAACUGCCAGCAGUCUUGCUCCAAGUCCUAGCGGACAUUCAAUUUCCUCUGAAGCAAAAAGUGAUCGAACGGAUGAAUUUUGGAGUGAUUCUAAUUGGAGGAUGUUCAUGAUUCUUUCAAAAUGAAUGUAUUAAAAUUCCAGAUUUUUCUACUAAGCGUUUGACCGUGGCGAUGAAAUAAAGGCCCAGUGCAUAGCUUUUUCAGAUUGACGUUUUUGGACUUUUUGGGUAUUUUGAAGGUCAAUAUGACAUAUUUUGAGGAAGAUUCCUUCUGAGGAUUUGUAGGGGACGUCUCCAGCUUUCCAAAGAGACAUUUUGGGACCAAAUCGGAGUUUAUUUGGUUGGUCAAAAGUCUGAUUUCCUGAGAAGUCCAAAUUUCAGUUUAAAUAAGAAACCUUUUAUUUUCUGUUUUAUUAUUUUAUUAUGUUUCCUAGUUUUAUUCUAAGACUUUUUAGGGUUUUAUUUUGUCGUAGUAUAAAUAAGACUUUUUAGCCGUUAGGGUUAGAAGGAAAAGAGAGGGGGAAACGCACAAGCCUUUGACAACAAGUUUAUUUUCUAGGUGUUUUCUACCCUUGUUCUUAAUAAUAUUUUAUUAUGAUUGUUCAUAGCUAGUUCUUUUGCUACGGCGAAGCCUUGAGUCUUAGCAUGAAUAUGUAAUUUUAUUAAUUUGCUUAUGAAUGGAAGC